AGAUUGUGUAUAUAAACCAACUGCUCACUUCCAUGAGCAACUGCCACCCCUCCUUCUUCAGAUCUGCUCUUAAAGCUCCCCUGUAUUUUUUCCUUCAUUCACCAGCUCCGUUCAUCAAAGUUGAUUAUUGUGAGUUGAGAUUCAGUACUUCAAUUUUGGAUUGCAGUCGGAAGAGAAAUCAAUCUGUAAUGGCUGCCAAACGACCUGGUUUAAUCGCUCUUUUCGAUGUUGAUGGCACACUCACUGCUCCCAGAAAGGUUUCUACUCCUCAAAUGUUAGAGUUCAUGCGGGAGCUUCGUAAGGUUGUUACAAUUGGUGUCGUUGGAGGUUCUGAUCUUGUAAAAAUAUCAGAGCAGCUCGGUGCAUCAGUAACUAAUGAUUAUGAUUACGUGUUUGCUGAGAACGGUCUCGUGGCUUACAAAGAUGGCAAAUUAAUCGGGACACAGAGCCUAAAAACGCAUCUCGGAGAGGAAAAGCUCCAGGAAAUCAUUAACUUCGUUCUCCAUUACAUUGCUGACUUGGAUAUCCCUAUUAAAAGGGGAACAUUCAUUGAAUUCCGAAGUGGGAUGCUCAACGUAUCUCCAAUUGGAAGAAACUGCAGUCAGGUGGAACGAGACGAGUUCGAAAAAUAUGACAAGGUUCACAAUAUCCGCCCGAAAAUGGUGUCUGUGCUUCGAGAGAAGUUUGCACACUUUAACCUAACCUUUUCCAUCGGCGGUCAAAUCAGUUUUGACGUUUUUCCUCAAGGCUGGGACAAGACAUAUUGCUAAUACCUGGAAGAAUUUCAUGAAAUUCACUUCUUUGGAGACAAGACUUACGAGGGAGGAAAUGACUUUGAAAUCUACGAGUCGGAGAGAACCAAUGGUCACACAGUAACUAGCCCAGAGGAUACGGUGAAGCAGUGCACAACUCUGUUCUUGAGCUAGCGAAAUGGGAUGGAUGCUUCCUAUUAUUCGUUUUUAUUUCAAUAAUCCAGAGUUCGGGCAACAAAUUUUUGUUGCUCACAAAACAAUGUCUUCAAGCUUUUGUUGUAGCUUUUAUGUUGUAAGAUUUGGCUUUUGUAAUCUAUACAAUCUUUAAUUUAUUAUGCACCUAUCUUCUUUGCUUCGUUAC